AUGCGCGGCGUUGAACUCAAAGGCAGCUGCCACUGCGGCACGGUGCGCUUCACUGUCAACAGCAGCUCGCCCGCGCCGUAUGCGCUCUGCACCUGCUCUAUCUGCCGCAAAUGCGGCGGAUACGGCGGCAGCGUCAACCUCGGCGGGCACGCAAACUCGCUCAAUGUCCUCCAAGGAAAGGAGGCGAUAAACAUCUACCACGCCGUCAUGGACCGCGACACGCCCAAGGAACACCGCGCCUCGUCCGAGCGCCACUUCUGCAGCAAGUGCGGCAGCAUGCUAUGGGUGUACGAUAAACAAUGGCCCGAGCUCAUCCACCCCUUCGCUGCCGCCAUCGACUCGGAACUGGCCGCUGUGCAGGAGAUGAGCAUAUGCCGCGCCGACUCCAAGCCCGCCUGGGUGCCCCUGCCAGAGGGGAAGAAACAGGUGUACAACAUGUACCCUCCGGACAGUCUCGAGGGCUGGCACAAGAAGCACGGGCUAUGGGUAGAGUGA